UCGGGAGAACGAAACACGACACUCCUCUACAGAGAGGGGGGCUGACGGGGAGAGAGCGAGUCUACGGAGUGAGUGGAAAAAGAAAAGUCUGUAAAAAGAGAGGGAGAAACUACCUCAGACGGCGAGCUUUUUUCCUGUUCGAACGUGCCAUGUUAUGACUGUGGAAAUGACGUGUGAGUGUUGAAUAUGCAACAUUGUAUCACGACUAAACUGAUUACCAGUGAUAAAUUACUCCAAAAUCGUCGUUCGGAUUUUUGUACAAUUCAAGUCUAUCGGCACGUUGGACUGGAACUUGGUGGCCUCCAACUUUGCAAUAGUGAGAUUGCCGCAAGCUAGGAGAAAACUAAUCGCCUGAAAGACACGGAAAGAAACUAGAGAACGUCUAGUUGAAAACAAACGGGGGAGCAGCAGGGGGCCAGAAGUGGAGCGCCUGAGAGUGAACUGCGGACGAAGAACGGAGUGGAGCAAGAUCAGCCACGGGAGAAAAGUUUAAAGAGGAGUUUUGUGGUUCUCACCGACACGAGAGGGAAGGUGGCCGACUUCACCACCCGAAAAUUUGUUCGCCGUGCAAGUCAUUGAGCGAAGCACACUCAAAAUGAAAACCCCGGGGGAUACGGGGUUUGCUUUCCCAGACUGGGCCUACAAACCGGAGUCGAGCCCAGGCUCGCGACAGAUCCAGCUGUGGCACUUCAUCCUGGAGCUGCUGCGCAAGGAGGAGUACCAGGAUGUGAUCGCCUGGCAGGGCGACUACGGCGAGUUCGUCAUCAAGGACCCCGACGAGGUGGCGCGCCUGUGGGGCGCCCGGAAGUGCAAGCCACAGAUGAACUACGACAAGCUCAGCCGUGCGCUCAGAUACUACUACAAUAAGAGGAUCCUUCACAAGACCAAAGGGAAACGGUUCACCUACAAGUUCAACUUUAACAAGCUGGUCCUGGUCAACUACCCAUUCAUAGACAUGGGCUCUGGCAGUGGAGUUCCCCAGAGUGCCCCUGCAGUGCCGACCGGCAUGGGUUCCCACUUCCGCUUCCCGCCCUCCACGCCCUCCGAGGUGCUCUCCCCUAACGAGGAGCUGCGCAGCCCGGGCAUGUUCAGCGCGGUGGGCCGCCGCAUGGCCCGCGGCUCAGUGAGCGACUGCAGCGACGGCACCUCCGUCACCUCCGAGCUGGAGGAGGGCGUGGGGGGAGGCGGCGCUGGCGAGGAGCGCGGAGGAGGAGGAGAGCAGCGGGCCUUCCGCACGCUCAUCCACCCCCGCCUCUCCCACGACUCGCUGUUCCGCGUCUACGGCCCGCCGCCCACCCGCCCCGGCCAGUCGCACGGGCCCCAGCCUCCUCACCGCUCCCACGCCGAGAACCUCUCCCCGUUCCCGGUGUCCCCCCUUCCAGGCCCCGGGGGCCUCCUGGGGUCCACCAUGUCCCCGGGCCUGUCCAUGACCCCCGGCUCCCACCUGGCCUACACGCCGUCGCCCUCGCUCUCACCCAUGCUGGGCUCCCACUUCUCCUUCAACCCCGAGGACAUGAAGCGCUACUUGCAGGCCCACACGCAGAGCGUCUACAACUACCACCUGAGCCCGCGCGCCUUCCUGCACUACCCCAACAUCGUCAUCCCGCAGCCGCAUCGCCCCAGCGAGGCCAAGCCCCCACUGGCCCCGCCGACGCACUCGCACUCGCACGCUCAUGCCCACGCCCAAGCCCAAGCCCAUGCCCAAGCGCAAGCCCAAGCCCACGCCCAACUGUCCCUGCACCACGCCCACGCCCACGCACACGCCCCCCCGCCCACCGAGGAGCCUCGCCUCUCGCCCUUCCAGUUCAAGCUGCAGCCGCCACCGAUGGGCCGCAAGCAGAGAGACGGGCCGGCCUCUGGAAGUUCUUCCUCUUCCUCAUCUUCCUCCUCUGCCACAGCAUUGGGCUGCCACUCCUCCUCAGGGUCCCACAGCCAUUUAGGCACGCCUAAAAUCAAGGUGGAGCCCAUCUCUGACGUGGAGUCAGAGGAAGAGGUGGAGGUCACUGACAUCAGUGAGGAGGACGAAGGCGAUGUCUUUGCCCCGCCGCCCCACAUCAACGGCCUGGGCCUCGCCCUGCUCCAUCAUCUCCACCCCCCACAGGCCACCAACAAUGGCAUCGUGGCCGACGAGGAGCUGGACGAGGACGUUUUCAAGACCCCGGCCGCACCGCCCACAGCCAGCACCCCUUCUGCCAUCAUGGCCCCAGGCCUGCUCGGCCUGAAGAACGAGCCCCGGGAGUUGGGCCUGGGUCCGGCCAGCCCCGGCGGCACCCUCUGCAUCCCCCUCAAGCUGCGCUUCAAGCGCCGCUGGAGCGAGGACCAGCGCCUGGAGGCCUGCGGCGACGAGGCCGACGACAAGAAGGUACGCGCCGCCACUGAGGAGGACGACGACGAGCCCGGCUGCGAGGGUGAAGCAGGCCGCCUCCGGCGGGCUGAGAACGCCGAACGCAGGAGCCCCCCCUCCCCAUUGAUCCUGCCCCCAGCUCCUGCCCAAAGGAGGGUGAGCUCGGAGCUGCAGAGGGCCACAGCCCAGCUGUCCCUGGAGAACAAUGGCUGCUGAUUUUAAACACACACACACACACACACACACACACACACACACACACUCGCUAACAUACCCAUGCCUAGACACUGACACAUAUGCUAAAGCACGCAGACAUACCCACACUAACACAUUAAAACGUGCUGACAUUUGGCUUUUACAUGCAUCCACACAUGCCCAUACAAACAGAAAAAUAACAACUGACUGCCACAUACACACGCUACAAAUGAUUUACACCGGCACAUGCUUACUCAGACAGGUAGAUGCAUGAUCGCUGUGUCACCAUACACUUGUACACGCAGGCACACACACACACGAACACACACACACACGAACACAGAAGGAAGUGUCCCUUGUCUGAUACACAAUCAUACAUAUACUGUGUAUAGAGUUUAAAGCCUAUGCACACAAAUCUUUUCAAACUAUGUAUAUUGAAACAAAGCCCAGUUCUCAGUCACAUACCUACACCCUGUAAAUACCACACAACACAUAUAGUGACGCUCAACAGUGCCGAGACAGACACUAAACACCGCUUUCUCUCAAUACUGACACGUCACCAAGCGGCUCAGGACAAAACUCCCACCUCCAUUGGCUCAUGCUCCCCUCGCCCCGCCUCCUUCAGCUCAACCCGGCCCUCCGAUUGGCUGCUCCCCUGGCCCUAAAGACAGCCUCCUCUGCCAGUGAGACACAAGAGCAACCCGGCCUUGUUAAGGGCCUAGAAGAAAACUUAAUACAUGCCUUCAACAUCAACAAACAAGAGAUUACUGAAGUGCCUGUCCCUUAGUCAAAACACACCAUUAUGACCCAGAAAUAGAGAAGAAAAAAAACCUUAGGAAACACAAACAAAUGUGAACUGCAUCUGAAACCAGACUGUCUAGAUAGUGUAGACAUGUUUUGACUGACGGGAGUUCCACUUUAUUGCCUCUUCUCACCGAUGGCCUUCUAGUGUCCUCCUUCUAGCAUUUGCCCUAUGCCCGAUUCUGUUUGGUAGGAGGGAGAUGGACUCAAUGAUUGAUGGACAAAAAGAAAUGUACAGACUGAUGGACGAGUCGCCUUCAACACACCCCCCACCCCCAAAAAGUGAGGUUAGGUUUGGGUUGAGUUCAAGCAGCAUCAGGCCAAGUGUGUGUUGAUCUCACUGUCACAGCAAAUCCUCAACUCCUCCUCCGUUGCCCUGAUUGACAGCCUGAAAGACCAGUCCGGUUUGCCGUCAGUGCCGAGGGUCUGAUCGGGCCUCUCCCAUGAGACUGCCUUCCCUGUCAGCCUAAGCCAAUCAGACCACCCUCACGCCAGGCCCGACCCAAUGGGACUCGCCCUUACCACAAGGCCUUAGCUAGUGGGACUGCCUUUCUGCGGGGCUCUGACAAUGGGACCAUGCAUUAUACUGAGAAGGGCAAUUCUUCACAUGUACAGCCAGGAUGCAGAAGAGAUUUUAGACGUUAAUUUUCUACCUGCAGUAAGCAUGAUGAUGAUAAUGAUGACGACUGAUGUUGUGAUGUUUUCUUUUCCCCUUCCCUAUUCUGUCUUUGUAUACUCUAUCCAUCUUAUGGGAAGGGAAACGGGGGAAAUUGCCUUAUAAGGAAGGCAAGCGUUUUUAGCCAUUGCUUUUGACAUUUGCAGUGAAGAGUGGGUCCAGUGUAUAAUACUCACUCAAACACACACACACACACACACACACACACACACCCAUACAUGGUGGCAUUUAGCCAGGGAGUGUAUGUGUGUAUGGGAGACAUCCCUGAAAUGUAAUGAUUUUAGAGCACAAAGUCCAACUCAGGCUGCGGUUGUGGAUGAGUGAUUAGUUCUCUAUCUGUUUCUCUGGAACAAUCUCAUCCCUGUUGCACUCACACCUUUGAACAAAGAGGGGCCCCAAGAGAGAGGAUGGUGCCUUAAACAUGACUGCCCCAGCUUUUAGAAAUGUUACACACACACACACACACACACACACACAGAGCUCUGCACUGUAACUCCUUUACCCCACACCUCAUGUGUAAUGUUGCAACAACACACACACACACACAUAUACACUCUUACACACACACACACAGCCUUUAGAGAACUCUUUACUCAAAUGCGAGGCACCAGACUAAAUAAAACCUCACACUGCCAGUUUGCCUUCAUUUUAUAGCAUGUUUAGAGAGAAGAUAUACACACAAGUAUUAUAUACAAUCUAUAUAUUUGAUACAGAUGAUUUCGAUUCAGAAUUUUAGUUUGAUAUAUCCCAUGAAUAGCUAUUUUUAAAAUGGUGUAAAAGAGGAACCCUGAGGGAGGACAUUUCCAUUUGAUACUAGGCAGAUCAUCUCAAGGCUCUUGUGACAAAUCAUUAGUGGUUGAUGUAAACAAUAAAAGAAGCCAUUGUACUACAAGUGAUAAAAAAUUAUCUUAUAUGAAUAUAUAUACAUUUAUUUACACAUAUACACACAUGCAUUUGUAAAUAGUCUGUAGCUCUGAAAUGGUGAAAACAGGCCUGUUUUUUUCAUCAUGGUUUUUUUUUAACCAAAUGAAAAUUGGUGAGCGAUUUGCUGACAGAAGCAACACUACAGUGAGCGUCUCUGCCCCACGUAGCAAGGACCUCACCUGUCCAGAUGGACAAAAAAAAAAAAAAAUCACACCCACAAACAAACCUAAAGCUGUACCAAUCAGAAAUGGACCCAGCAAUGAUGUCUCAGCGCCUCUAUUUUUUCAGUCCUUCUCGCGUGCCUCUGGAAGCCCUCCUCUAGCAAGCAGGGGGAGUCCCGCCCCCCACCCCACCCCACCCCACCCCCCAGGAGCUGUCGCCUGUGCGCCGUCAAAUGAACCCUUGUCUCGAGUUUGGCCUCUGAGCAGAGCGAGGCGUCUGAUUGGUCCAUGCCAGACCUCACCGCUGCCUUACUCAUCAGGAAGAGAAAUAAACAAAACAUCAACAUGACAAAAAAAAUAACAAAAAAAACUAUAAAAAAAAAACACAGGAGCAGAAAACAAAUGUUCCCCAUCAGUAUUGACUUGAUAUUUUAUGAUUAUUAAUAUUAUAAUUAUUACAUUUUACUGUUCAUAUUAAUUUUAGUUUUUUAAUUUUUUUUCCAACAUUGAUACUAUUACUGUUGUUUCAAAGCCUUGCCUCAGUCAGCCCACCCCUUCCCAUGAUCCUUUGCGCUCGCGUGUGUAUGGAUGGUCCGCCCCGCGUGUCCCAUCGCACACUGCUCUGUUCAGCUGACCUGUGCCGCCGUUGUGGUGAUUUGCUGUGCGUUUUUGGCUGCUCUGUGUCGUGAGAUGGUGAACCAAAACCAUGGGGAGGUGCUGGGGAAGGGGGACAUAAUCUCCUAUCACAUUAUUUCUUAUAUUCUCUUUUUGGCCUUGUGUAUAUAUAUAUAAAUAUAAAUACAUUUUUUUUCUUUCUUGUUUUUCCAUUUUUUUUUUGUGGGGACUACCGGUAUGUAAGAAAAGACAUUGUAUUAUUUUACUGUGUAAAAGGUCUCUCUCUAUUAUAUAUAUCACUUCAUCUCUCUCUUUCUCUUUGUAUUUCCCUCUUUUGGCGGUUAUGUAACACUCUAUAGAGAGAGUCGAGAUAUUUCCCAUCAUGAUGAAACAUUUGUACUUUUUGUUUGUCUUGUAUUUUUUUUCCUUUUUCUCUUGUAAUUAAAACUGUAAUCAGGGUUCAUUAAAACAGGUUAAAAAGGA